GCUGCUGCUUCUGCUGCUGCUUCUGCUGCUGCUUCUGCUGCUGCUUCUGCUGCUGCUGCUGCGGCCGCGGCUGCAGCUGCACCUUCUCGCCGACUGGCGUGUCGUUCGCAGCCACUGCAGCAGCAGCUGCUGCAGCCGCUGCUGCAGGAUCAAGAGGCGCUUCUUGGAGUCUCUGAUCCGUCUGCUCCCUCUGCCGCAGCAGCAGAGAAUCCUGUUGUCUGCAAAGUUUGCGCACACUCUGCUGUGGCGGGAUGA